AGCAGAGGGCACCGGCGUCCAGUCCUCCCCGCCAGCCUGCUUUGCCUUUGGGAAGGAGCCACAUGCGCCUCCGCCUCGGAGCAGGGAGUGGCCCCGAGGUGGCGGAGCAGGAGGAGGAGGAGAGAAAAGGAGGCGGCAGGCGAAGAGGGAGGAGGCACCAAGGACCGCGGCCUCGGCGCCUCCCCGGGAGCAUCGAGGAGACCACCAUGGAGGAGCCCUCCGCCUGCCUCCGCUUGCUGCCCGCAUGGAGACCCUGAUUCUCGCCACCCGGGAAAAGGAGGAGGAGGAGGAAGAGGAGAACAAUGAUUCCUGUCACCGAAUUCCGCCAGUUCACCGAGCAGCAGCCAGCCUUCCGGGUCCUGAAGCCAUGGUGGGAUGUUUUUACGGACUAUCUGUCGGUUGCCAUGCUCAUGAUUGGUGUGUUUGGUUGCACAUUACAGGUUAUGCAAGAUAAGAUCAUAUGCCUCCCAAAAAGAGUACAGCCUUCUCAGAACAGUUCCCACCUUCCUAAUGUGUCAAGCUUGGACUCCAGUGCAGCCUCAUUUCUUCCACCCAAGCCAUCCACACCUCCUGCUACUGUUGAAAUGAAGGGUCUAAAGACUGAUUUAGAUCUCCAACAGUAUAGUUUUAUAAAUCAGAUGUGCUACGAACGUGCCUUGCAUUGGUAUGCAAAGUACUUCCCCUAUCUUGUCCUUAUACACACCUUGAUCUUCAUGCUGUGUAGCAACUUCUGGUUCAAGUUCCCUGGAUCAAGCUCUAAAAUUGAACAUUUCAUCUCCAUUUUGGGGAAGUGCUUUGACUCUCCUUGGACAACACGGGCUUUAUCUGAAGUUUCGGGAGAAGACUCUGAAGAAAAGGACAACAGGAAGAACAAUAUCAGCAAGUCAAAUGCAAUCCAGCCCAGUGCAGAAGGGACUCUGGUAAAGACUCAGUCUCUGAGAUCCAUUCCUGAAAAGUUUGUUGUUGAUAAGGGAACACCUGGGGCACUGGAUAAGAAAGAAGGAGAACAGGCCAAAGCACUGUUUGAGAAGGUGAAAAAGUUCCGACUCCAUGUUGAAGAAGGCGAUCUGCUCUAUGCUAUGUAUGUCCGCCAAACUGUGCUGAAGGUGAUUAAGUUUCUUAUCAUUAUUGCAUAUAAUAGUGCACUUGUUUCAAAAGUUCAGUUUACAGUAGACUGCAAUGUUGACAUUCAAGACAUGACAGGAUACAAGCACUUUUCCUGCAAUCACACUAUGGCGCAUUUGUUUUCUAAACUCUCCUUCUGUUACUUGUGCUUUGUAAGUAUCUACGGCUUCACAUGCCUUUAUACUUUGUAUUGGUUGUUUUACCGCUCACUGAAGGAAUAUUCUUUUGAGUAUGUCCGACAGGAGACAGGAAUUGACGACAUCCCAGAUGUUAGAAAUGACUUUGCUUUCAUGCUUCAUAUGAUAGACCAGUAUGACCCUCUUUAUUCCAAAAGGUUUGCUGUGUUUCUUUCAGAGGUCAGUGAAAACAAACUAAAGCAACUUAAUCUAAACAAUGAGUGGACUGCAGAUAAACUCAGGCAAAGGUUACAGAUGAAUUCCCAUAACCGUAUGGAGCUGCAACUGUUUAUGCUGUCUGGACUCCCUGAUACAGUUUUUGAAAUUACCGAGCUUCAGUCACUAAAACUCGAAAUCAUUAAUAAUGUCAUGAUCCCAGCCACUAUUGUGCAGCUGGAUAACCUCCAGGAACUAUCAUUGUAUCAAUGUUCUGCAAAGAUCCAUAGCGCAGCCUUGGCAUUUCUGAAAGAAAAUCUGAAAGUCUUGAAUGUCAAAUUUGAUGAUUUCAGAGAGCUGCCUCCUUGGAUGUAUGGACUCCGAAAUCUGGAAGAACUGAGCUUAAUCGGUUCGUUGUGCCAUGAUAUUUCUAAAAAUAUAACGCUGGAGUCUUUUCGAGAACUUAAGAACCUUAAAAUUUUGUACAUUAAAAGUAAUUUGUCCAAAGUCCCACAGUCUGUGGUGGAUGUUUCAAGUCACCUUCAAAAAAUGUGCAUUCACAAUGAUGGCACAAAACUGGUGAUGCUCAACAACCUGAAGAAAAUGGCUAACCUGACAGAAUUAGAGCUGGUGCACUGUGACUUGGAACGUAUUCCCCAUGCUGUUUUCAGUCUUGUUAGUCUUCAGGAAUUAGACUUGAAGGAAAACAAUCUCAAAUCUAUUGAGGAAAUUGUCAGCUUUCAACACCUUAGGAAACUUACAAUCCUGAAGUUGUGGCACAACAGUAUAACCUAUAUUCCAGAGCAUAUAAAGAAGCUCAGUAGUCUGGAACGGCUUUCUUUUAGUCACAACAAGAUAGAGGUUCUCCCAUCCCACCUUUUCCUAUGCAACAAAAUUAGAUACUUAGACUUGUCAUACAAUGACAUCCGAUUCAUUCCUCCUGAAAUCGGGGUGCUCCAAAGCUUACAGUACUUUUCAAUCACUUGCAACAAAGUGGAAAGUGUACCAGAUGAGCUGUACUUCUGCAAAAAACUCAAGACGCUGAAGCUUGGGAAAAACAGCUUGUCCGUCCUGUCUCCUAAAAUUGGAUACCUGGUGUUGCUAUCCUACUUGGACAUUAAAGGAAAUCACCUGGAAGUUCUACCCCAAGAAUUGGGUGACUGCAGAGCUCUGAAAAAGGGUGGUCUCAUGGUAGAAGAUGCCCUGUUUGAAACUCUGCCCUUGGAUGUUAGGGAACAGAUGAAGGCAGAAUAGCGUUAUUUCUCUGUUCUUUGACAGAAACUUGUCUCUGCCAAAUGCCUUGUAUAUAACAGCUAGCCUGAAUAUGCCUUUAAAGUCUAUUUUUUAUUUUUGGGGGUUCUAUUUUGACACAAAGUUUUCCAUAUGGACACUUUUGAAUUAAGUAUAUAUGCAUAUUUUUGUAUUCAUUUCUCUUGUUCUCCCUCCACGUUGGCGUUUGUUUUUAAUUUUGCCGUCACACUGUGGACUCUCUGUGGUUCUUACUUUGUAUUGGUGGAAUCAAAUGGGUUAUGUUCACCUUUAAAAAAGCAUGGGCUAGUUCAAAAGAAGGUCAGCAUAUUUCUAACUAUGUAAUGGAGGUAACUGGUGUUAAGUACAUAAAUGCAUGGUUACAAUAGCAACACUAUUUCAUUCCAUUCUGCUUUGUCAGUCACUAUCCAGUCCUUUAAAGGUGGUAAGUGUCCUCCGUCCUGUUUUUAUCCUAGUUGUGGGUCAUUCUAACUUUCUCAGGUCAGAUUGCCCUGUUCUUUAAGCCUCAUUUUGGCAGUGUAAUAGUCCUUCAUGGAUAAGAGCUGUUUCCUCACUGAGAAAUCUGGAUUGAGAAAGAGCUUUCUGUAUGCAUAGAACAUCUGCUGCCACUUCAGGUAAAAGAAGCUUUGGUCUUCAGGCUUCCAAGUUAAAACCACACUUUUGGAUAUCAUGCUUUAUUUUGUCCCGAGGCUGUACUGAAAGAUUCUUAAUUUCCCCCCUUUGUAUGUGUUGGUGCUCCCCAAUGUACAUGGGCAUGUUCGUGCAAGUUGCAAUCAUGGAACUAUAAACUUACAAAAGUAAGCUUGUGAUCUUCCUAUCAUUAGUGCACUUUGUGAUUCUUUGGUGAUAUAUAUAUAUAUUUGUAUCCAUUAAUCAAAAAAUACUUGGGACCAGAAGUGUUUAUAUGUAGAUAUAGAUAAUGAAAUGUCUUGGAGAUUUGAAGCAGGUCUAAACAGAAUUCAUUUAUGUUUCAUAUACACAUUGUACACAUAGCCUGAAUUUAAGUAUAUACAAUACUUUUAAUAAUGCUGUGUAUGAAACAUAGUUUAUGUUCACUGAACCACCAGAAAGCAAAGGUAUCACUAUCUAAACCAUCCAUGUGGGCAUUUUUUUUUCAUUUUGGAGGAUUUUGGAAUUCUAGACGAGAGGCUCAACUUGUAUAUACACAAAGGCAUUCAACCUAUUGGUAGCACCAAUCAGAGUUAAAUCCUUUGCAUCAAUAGGAUUUAUAUCAGUUUUGUUCAUCAAUUGAUUCAUUGGGACCACCAGUCAUGCAAUUUCUGAUGUAUCGUAUCCCUAAGGCAAACUUGUCAUGAGGCUUUCUUGGCAAGAUUUGUCCAGAGGUGAUUUGCCAUUGUCUUCCUCUGAAACCAAGAGUGUGUGACUUGCCCAAGAUCACCAAUGGCAUUUUCAUAUCUAUCCUGUUUCCCCCAAAAUAAGACAGGGUCUUAUAUUAAUUUUUGCUCCAAAAGAUACAUUAGAGCUUGUUUUCAGGGGCAGUCUUAUUUUUCCAAUUUGACUUUUUAAAUGAACUAUAUCUAGGGCCUAUUUUUGAAAUAGCGUUUAUAUUUCAAGCAUCCUCAGAAAUGCUGAAGAAUCAUGAUAGGUCUUAUUUUCAGGGUAAGUCUUAUUUUGGGGGAAACAGGGUAAGUGGGAAUUCGAGCCCUGGUUUUCCAGAGUCCUAGACCAAUGUUUAAAUACUGCCUCUUAUAAAUAACGUGCUUCAUGUUAUAACGAAAAUAGAAUGUUUGUAUUUAAAUGUUAUCAGUGUUAUAGAGAGUUCAGUUAUUUCUUAUUGUGUUUUCAUGUUGAAGUUAUUAAUUAAUUCAAGUUUAAAAUUGGGGACCAGAAAAAAUGGCUAGAAAGAGAAGAAUGCAUAUAACAUCUACACUUACAUUCCAAUGUAGCAAAGUUAUCCUCAAAUGGAAGAAGUUAUCCUUGCAUUUAGCUGUGGAUGCAGAUUGGCAUUUCAGUGCAUAUUCUUACAUAUCCCAUAAACCCAGUUCCAUUGCAAUGGCUGUAUGUAUUUCAAAAAUACAUUCAGUAUCCUAACCAUAUCAUUAGUGAAGAGAUAUAGCUUCAGCCUCACCACAUCACUGUUGCCUAUAGUGUCACAGUAAGCCAUGAUUUAUUGUAAUUAAAACGGGCCCAGUCAACUUGCAAACAUGCAUGCUUCCCUCUCUCCUCCAACACAGCUAUAAGAAAGGAUUUUUGAAGACUUUGCUUCUGCCUUUCACUUCCGUUUCUCAAAUCCUAGCAAGCUGUGGAUGAUCUUGACCAGAGGUCUCCAAACUAAGGCCCGUGGGCCGGAUACAGCCCUCCAAGGUCAUUUAUCUGGCCCCUGCCCUCAGUUUUAGACUUAGGCUGGCCCUAAGUCUGAAAUGACUUGAAGGCACACAACAACAACAACAACAACAACAACAAUCCUAAUUAACUUGACUAUCUCAUCAGCAAGAAGCAGGUCCACAGUUCCCAUUGAAAUCCUGGUAGGUUUAUGUUGAUUAAAAUUGUUCUUAUUUUUAAAUAGUGUAUUGUUCUUUCAUUUUUUUUUUUUGCACUACAAAUAAGACAUGUGCAGUGUGCAUAGGAAUUUGUCCAAUUUUUUUUACAAACUAUAGUCUGCUCUCCCUCCCGAAUACUCUGAGGGACUGUGAACUGGCCCUCUGCUUUAAAAGUUUGAGGACCCCUGAUCUUGACUAUACCUUAUUUAAACACUUCAGCUUAAAAUCAUGGGUUCAAAAGGCUAGCUAGUGUCAACAAAUACGCUCAGAGUCAUUUCACAUUAUUUAAAAGUGAAAGCAAACUACAAUUUUAGCUCAUCUUGGCGUAUUUCCUCAUGGUCAGCAAUGGAUUUUUGCAAUGUUUGAAUGCAUAACAUGUGACACAAGGAUUUCUGGUAAACUGUAGGAUACUUGUUGUGUUGCUGAAUAAGUCUCCUAAACUGCAGUCUUAAACAUAUGAAUUAGGAGCUGAACUCAGUGCAUUUCACCCUCAUAAGGGUGCUUUCUAGUGCAGUUGUGCACAUGUCUGAUCAGAAGUAAGCCCCACUGACUUCAGCUGGCGUUUUAUUUCCAUAUAAGUUAAUAGAGAAUUGCAUUAGGGGUAUAUCAGGCUCUAGGGCAUUUGUCACUGUCAUACUUAACACCUCAUUUCUGAGGAUGUUAACUCUUAAGAACUUGUAAAAUGUGGUGCAAAAGUUGUCUUGGCUAGGUUACUUUCCUUAUGUCUUUCCAAGUUCUAAGCCUAUCCCAAGACUCUCGGUGUUUGACAGACCCACCCAUAUAAAAGCCACACUAGUGAGAUGUGUGUGUGACCCUGAAUAGUAACAAAAACAUUUCAGGAUUGCUGGGCUAUUAGCUAAGUGCUAGAAUUGAUCUCCAUUGCCAACUUCCUUGAACUGAAAGCAUCUGGCGUAUGGCAAAAAUUCACAUUUGAUUUGCACACUAGAAGAAGAUUCCUCACUGUUUGAAUAGUAGAAAAGCAGUGUUGAUCCAUCUUUCUAGAAUUAGUCUAACAAUCAGAGCUCUGUUCCAUAUGUGCCAAUAGCUCAGUUCAAUUCAAGGACUUCUCAGGUUUUAAACAGCUUGUUUUUAUCUCUGCUAAAUGAGACCAAUAGAAGAAGAUGGUGGAAGAUGUUUUUGAGUCACUUAGAGAACAUGUGGCCCAUAGAUCAGAUUUGAAGAUCUCAUUUUGCGACUUCAUCAGACAGGGCUGUUUUUGGCAGCAUGUUUCCUCAAUAAUUUUAUUAUGGAAUUCGCCAGCUCCCAUCCCAUGUUGUAAAACUACUAUACUGACAGGGCUCUGAUGUAAAAUUAUCAAGGAAUCUGCACAUGCCACUGCAGCUAUGACACGGGAGGUUUCCUAUGUUCAACUGCAGUCAAUAGGUGGAAGCUGGUGACAGAUGACACUAGCUAGUUUUUUGAACCCAUGAUUUUAAGUUGGAGUAAUAAUAAUAAACACCCUAUCCGGCCAUUAUGAGGGGGAGCUUCCUGCAGGCUCCCCUUCCAUAUCCUUCAUUAAGACCUGGAUCAAAAAAAGCAUCAAAGUUACCACUCUUAAAUUUCUGGAUCCUUUCCCUUCUGUUUGUAGAGGAGGAGACUGCAUUUAUUGUUUCUUAAAGCUGCUCUACUCUAGAGGAGAGGCAUGCACACAUCUUUUUCUCCCAGGGCCAGCACUAGCAGCAUGCCAUGCAGCUUAGGCAUUUUAAGGAGCCCCAGGAAAGAAAGAGUGAUGACCUGGAGGUCAGUCAAACUAUCCUCUCUGGGCUACCUUAAAAAUCCCCUCAUGCCUGCAAGGCUGCAAUGUCUUAUCUGCUUGGGGUUUUGCUUCCUUAAAGCUGUUUCUACUUUCUACUCUAGAGGAGAGGAAAGCUUAUCUUUUUUUUGCUGGGAUUACUAUUUUUAAUAAUAAACUUUUAGAAGUAUUUCCUGAAGGGGAGGAAGGGAAGGGGGGAAAAAAGCUAAAAGGGUGAGAGCCCCAAACGUGCUCUCUCAUCCCACCCAUCUUCCCUCAGGUUCCCAACUCCCAGUCAGUCCCACUAAAUAAAAAGAAUCAGGAAAAUAAAGGAAAAUCAAAAAGAUUCAACUGUGAUGCCAAAUGGGGGAGGAGGAGCUGAGAUCAGCUCCCGCUUGCUUUCAUGUUGGGCGUUUUUUUGUACCAGGAGGGCCCUCACCGUUAUGAGCAUCCGAAGUACGGAAGUUACUGGAGGAAACGGGGGAAAUGAAUUCCUUGCACAACCUAGUAGAUGAGUACAGUACUAUAUAAAAUUGUGAUGACCAAGUAGCAUUGUUAAACUGUAAAAUUCAAGGCUUCUAGUGAAUCCUGCAGUUGUCUAAAUGGUUAUUUCUUCUAGGAUGAGAAGUAUAGCAGACUCCCAAAUGCUGCCAGUUUCCCCCUUUUCUUUGAUGCUCGUUCAGCUCACUUCAUCUUCCAAUACAGUAUGGAGACAAGUCAGAGGUUGGAUUGAAAUAUUGAUAUAAACAGAUUAUUUCACAUACUUCUGAGUUUCAGUGGGGUGAGAGUAAAAGAGAUCUUCCUCUUUGUAGAAUUUAAAUCUAAUCAUAUAAACCAAAGUGCUGUUGAUCAUAAUGAAUGUAAUGAAUGUAAAUUGUCUAAACAUGUCUGUACAAUCUAUGACUUUUUAUCUACUGCGAAUUAGAAACCUGAGAUUAUGAGACCUUUCAUGCCACACAAUUGUAGCGCUAUUUCAUAUUAAUGGCUAUCUCAAAAUCCUAUGAAAUUCCACAAUUUGCAGUUUAGGGAGAUCGUUAAGAAUUCUCUUAACGUCUUGUGUCUCCAAACUACAACUCCAGAAUUUCAUAACAUAUUGCCAUAGCAGUUAAAAUGGAAUCAUAGGGCUAUAAUUGUGUAAUCUGAAAGAGCUUUGUAUUAAGGAUGGAGAGUGCGCAAACUAUGAUGCUCAAAUGUGGUGUUUUCUUCUUUUACCACAAGUGCUUACUGCAAAUGGCUGCUUAUCCACUGUGGGUGUAUCUACAGUAUACAACUAAUGCAGUUUGAUAUCACUUUGCCAGGGCUCAAUGCUAUGGAAUCAUGGGAGCUGCAGUUUUCCAAGGUUUUUAGCUUUCUCUGCCAAAGUGUUGGUGCCUCACUAUGCUAAAAUACUCAGGAUUCCACAGGACUGAGCCAUGGAAGUUUAAGUGGAGUCAAACUACAUUUAAUUCCACAGUGUAGAUGCACCCCUAGAUGAACUCUGUUAUAAACAGUAAAGCUGAAAGGUGCUUCGCAUGUCGUCUGUGUCUUAAAUAGAACAAUACAAGGUUACACCUCUGUGUUGGUGUAACGUGCUUGCACUGUAUCUACAAAGGAAUAAGGACCAGUUUAUACAGCCAUUAAUCAAAAGUUCUGUGUAUGUAAUAACACAUCCAAUCAGGAUUAUGUGCACUUAUGUGAUCCAGGAAAAAUACAUGUCAGCAUAUCUUCCAAAUAGUUUUUUUUUAAAAAGAAUAACUUUGGCAUGUGUGUUCUUAUUAAAUCAAUCACACAUCAUUCUCUAUAAAGCAGUGGUUCUCAACCUGUGGUCUCCAGAUGUUUUGGUCUUCAACUCCCAGAAAUCCUAACAGCUGAUAAACUGGCUGGGAUUUCUGGGAGUUGUAGGCCAAAACACCUGGGGACCCACAGGUUGGGAACUACUCCUAUAGAGUCAGCCCUCCACAUUCUCUGGGGUUUGGACCCCUGUGAAAGUGAAAAAAUGUGAAUUAAUAAUGCUAAUUUUAAUGGAAUUUCUUGUUGAUUGAUAUUAUAUAAUUGUAAUUAAACAUGUUCUUUGAAUAUUCUUUUAAAAUUACUUUUUUAACCUGAGAGAACAUCUUUCUAGGAAUUUGUAGAUCUUCCAGUAUGACCAUGGUUAACCUCAGGAAGCUGGCCUUAGAAUUGCACUGGAAGACCUAGAGAUUUCCAAAGAGAACAUUUAAAUCAAAUCUGUAAAUAAUCAAAUCUGCAAAAAUCUAAUCCAGAAAUAUGGUGGGCCAUAUGUAUAUUGGGGGAAGGUUAAAUGCUUGUGGUCAUUUUUCUGUUGUGAAAGCAUUUGUAUUUUACCUUGUGAUUGUGUGACUCAUGUGAAGUCCUGCUGCAGUCAACAAGUUUGAUACCAAUGGCAGACCUUUAGCCACUUAGGCCCCAUCUACACUUAAAAAUCCAGAUUAUCUGCUUUGAACUGGUUUAUAUUUAUUUAUUUAUUUAUUUCAAAUAUUUCUAUCCCGCCCUUCUCACCCGGAGGGGCUCAGGGCGGCGUACAAUUGGCAACAAUUCGAUGCCGAUACAUCAUUAAAAACAACAACAUAUAAAAAAUACAACCAAUUAAAUACAGUAUAAAAUAUAAAACAUAAAACAUGUGUUUAAAAUCCGUUCGUCCAAUAUCCUCCAACUUUAUCCAUAUAACAAUCUGGGUCGUCUUUAUCAUUUAUUCAUUAAAAGCCUGGGCACAAAGCCAUGUUUUUAAGGCUUUUCUAAAACUCAAAAGGGUUGGGGCUUGCCGUAUUUCUGUGGGGAGGGUGUUCCAUAGCCGGGGAGCCACCACCGAGAAGGCCCUGUCCCUCGUUCCCACCAGCCGCGCCUGUGAGGCAGGCGGGACCGAGAGCAGGGCCUCUCCAGAUGACCUCAGGGAUCUUGCUGGCUCAUAGGAGGAGAUACGUUCGGACAAGUAGAUUGGGCCAGAACCGUUUAGGGCUUUAUAGGUCAAAACCAGCACUUUGAAUUGGGCUCGGUAGCAUAUCGGUAGCCAGUGGAGCUGGCUUAACAAGGGGGUGGUACGCUCCCUGUAAGCCGCCCCAGUUAUUAGUCUAGCUGCCGCCCGUUGUACUAGUUGGAGCUUCCGGGCCGUCUUCAGAGGCAACCCCACGUAGAGAGCGUUGCAGUAAUCCAAACGGGAUGUAACCAGAGCAUGGACCACCAUGGCCAAGUCAGACCUCCCAAGGAACGGGCGCAGCUGGUGCACAAGUCUUAGUUGUGCGAAGGCUCCCCUGGCCACCGCCGAGACCUGAGGUUCCAGGCUCAGCGAUGAGUCCAGGAGAACCCCCAAACUGCGAACCUGCGCCUUCAGGGGGAGUGUGAACCCAUCCAGCACAGGCUGUAACCCUAUUCCCUGUUCAGCCUUGCGACUGACCAGGAGGACCUCUGUCUUGUCUGGAUUAAGUUUCAAUUUGUUCGCCCUCAUCCAGUCCGAUACAGCGGCCAGACACCGGUUCAGGACCUGAACAGCCUCCUUAGUGACAGGUGGAAAGGAGUGACAGAGCUGGACAUCAUCUGCGUACAGAUGACACCUCACCCCGAAACUCCGGAUGAUUUCUCCCAGCGGCUUCAUGUAAAUGUUAAACAACAUGGGGGACAGCACUGAACCCUGCGGGACCCCACAAGUCAAUGGUUGUGGGGCCGAGCAGGUGUCCCCCAAGGACACCAUCUGGGACCGACCUUCCAGGAAGGACCAGAGCCACUGCAAAACAGUACCUCCGAGCCCCAUCCCGGCAAGGCGCCCCAGAAGGAUACCGUGAUCGACGGUAUCGAAGGCCGCUGAGAGGUCCAGCAGAACCAGCAGGGACACACUCCCCCUGUACAGCUCGCGGUGUAGAUCAUUGACUAAGGCGACCAAGGCUGUCUCGGUACCAUGCCCCGGCCUGAAGCCAGACUGUGCCGGAUCCAGAUAAUCGGUAUCUACCAAGAAUGCCUGGAGUUGUGCGGCCACCACACGUUCCACGACCUUGCCCAAAAAGGGGAGAUUGGAAAUAGGCCGAAAGUUCUCCAAUUGAGUGGGGUCCAGUGAUGGCUUCUUCAACAGCGGUUUGAUCACAGCCAAUUUAAGGCUCGCUGGAAAUAUGCCUUCCCGAAGGGAGGCAUUCACCACCACCUUCACCCACUCGGCCAACCCCCCUCUGGCUUCUCUCACCAGCCAGGAUGGGCAGGGGUCUAGGAUGCAUGUGGUAGCCCUCACUUCUCCAAGCACCUUGUCCACGUCCUCAGGCUGAACCAAUUGAAACGAAUCCAUCAAAAUGGGACAAGCAGGUGCUCUUGCUACAUCCUCGGAGACUGCCGUUAAUAUGGUGUCAAAGCUAGAACGGAUCAAAGCGACUUUGUCCGCAAAGAACUGAGCAAAUGCUUCACAGCGGGCUGCCGAGUUGUCAGGGAUCCCGUCUUGGGGGGCGGGAUAUAACAAACCUCUAACAACUCGGAACAGCUCCGCCAGAUGGUUCUUUGCGGACGCAAUAUUAGCUGCAAAGAAAACAUUCUUUGCAGCAUCUAUUGCCGCGGCAUAUGCCCUGAGAUAUAGACAUAGCCGUGUUCGGUUUGGCUCGCUCGACUUCGAACGCCACACGCCCUCUAGUUCCCUCUUCUUUCGCUUCAUCGCUGCCAGCUCCUCAGUGAACCAAGGAGAUGGUUUAGCUCGGGUACUUGAGAGGGGACGUUCCGGAGCGAUCGUGUCUAUUGCCCUAGUCGCCUCCUUGUUCCAGAGGGCGACCAGAGCAUCGACAGAAUCACCAGCCAAGGUGGUGGGAAAUUCCCCAAGAGCCAUCAGGAAUCCAUCCGGACCCAUAAGCCUCCUGGGGCGGACCAUUUUGGGUCCUCCACCCCUGCGGAGGUUGGGGGGGCGCAGUGAUUCUAAACCUGAUCAGGUGAUGGUCGGUCCAUGGCAAAGGGGCGAUGGUGAGCUCCUCCACACCGCCAUAUGGCAGUAUAGACUCAUGUAAUCCAGGUCAAAUGAGAUAAUCUGGAUUAUAUGGCAGUGUAAAUCCAAGCUUGGUCUGGAGAAGUCCUAUUAUUCUCUCUGGAAUUCAAAUGGACUAAGGUGUGCAGGCUUCCUUAACAAUGCCUUUUGUAUAUGUAUCAAAUGCUCUUAUUAAUCUGACUUGUAUCAUAUUGCAUGUUUUUUGUGGCACAUUCUUUUUCUAAAAUGAAAUUAUUGAUAGUCAUUAAGAUAGUUUUUAAUGUUUUAUAAUUGUUUAAAAUUAGAGGGUUUAAAAAAUAUUGUUGAGUAAUGUCAUGAAACCAGCUCAGGUAAACAGUCUGUUGGACUUCCUUUUUAUUUAUAUUUACUCUUGUUUAAUGUAUGUGCUGUGUCCAUAUUAUUUGGAUAUAUUUGAAAAGCUCUUGCAAGGUCUGGAAGUGAGAUCAGUAAAGAAGUGCCAUAUGUAUUGGAUCAUUUUGCUUAAUAUAUUACAAAUCUGUAUCUGGUGUAUAUGUUGACCAUAUAAAAUCAAUGCUAUCUAGUCUGAAUAAAAUCUCCAUUGUAGAAUAAUCAAACCAAUGGAUAUUUAAUCUCAAGGAAGGGAUAUUUCAGAACUGAUUAUGUAGCUGUGGCAGCAACACGGGAGGCCUCCCACAUUGCACCAGCAACAAUAGGGGAAGCUGGGCGGUCGACACGUUCCCCCAUGGGAUAGGAAAAUGGAUGAGAGAGGUGAUGUGGGGUGUGGAGCAAUGGGUUCCCCAAGCCCCCAGAUGGGCACCGCUGGAUUCACCAUGAUGUGUGGUGAUUCCGGUGGCCCAUCUGCUGAUGUCGUUUAUAUGGAGUGUGUGAUUUGGUGCUGUUUUUCCCGUUCUCACACCCAAUCAUACCUGAAGCAUACUAGGAUUUGUUAUUGUGAUAGCUAUGUUGUAUAGACACUAGGCAGUAUUUUAUCCUCUUCCUGAAUAUGUACUCAGGGAAAGCAGGAAAGGCAUACCUUGCUAUCAUCAUUGGGGAGCACUGAGGAAUAAAACUUGGAACCUCAGUCCAUGGCUCCCUCCUGGGCACACAGAAGACUAGGCGACUUGGAAGGCACUGAACAGACAACACCACGAGAUGCAGAGCCAAGCUUAAGAAAUGGGGCCACAAAGUGGAGUCCACGACAUACGAGUGUGGAGAAGAGCAAACCACAGACAACUUAUUACAAUGCAGUCUGAGCCCCAUGCACAAUAAAGGAUCUCCUUAUAGCAACACCAGAGGUACUCCAAGUGGCUAGCUACUGGUCAAAGGACAUUUAGUAUAAUGUCAAGUUUUUAAUUUUGUUUGUUUUUAAAAUACAUUACAACUUAUACCCUUGGUUCACUUCUGAUACGAUAAAUAAAUACUGAGGAAUUUGGAAGGAACUGAGGCAAAGAAGACAGAAUUUAGCCUUGGUAGUCUCAAAAACUCCCUGGGGUUUCAAAAGACCUCAUUUUGCCUUGGUAGCAAAGUCAUGGUUGGACCCACAAAAGGAUCUCCAAAAGAUCAGGACAAGAGGAGCACUGUAUGGAUUUAUUUUAAAAAUAGUGAAUACUGCAACAAAUUGGGCCAAAUCCUGGGGCUUUGUCUAAUAAAUCCAAACUUUAAUAAAUAGAGGCCCUUUCUACGCUGCCAUAUAAUCCAGAUUAUCAAAGCAGGUAACCCACAUUAUCUCCUUUAAAUUGGAUUAUCUGAGUCUACACUGCCAUAUAAUCCAGUUCAAAGCAGAUAAUCUGGAUUUUAUAUGGCAGUGUAGAAGGGGCCGAAAACUUAACUGGAAUUCAGUUUUGUUGCUGUUGUUUUUUUUAAUGGAAUUCAUCUUGACUAUACAGAUAUGAUUUUACAAAAGAAAACUUGAGACAGGUUCUCUCUUCUCUUCCAACAAUACAGCUCUAUUUCCCUUACUAGCCACCUAUUUUUGUUAUGGCUUAGCAACAUGGUUCCCCAAUGCAUCCACACGGACAUGAAUGGCAAUGGAUGGAGGAGAGGUAAUUCCAAAUUCCCAGUCUGGUAAGCUGUGAAAACAGUCCUAAUUUUCCUUAAAGUAAAUAGAGGAAGAUCAGGAUGGUCAAGAAAGAAGAAAAGAGCAGGUGUUCAGGUAAAUAUGCAAUGUACAGUCAGUGUAGUGCUAUGAGUGUCUACUCAGAAAUAUAUCCCAUUUAAUAUAAUAGUGUUUAUUCUCAUUUGAGAAUGGAUAAGAUUGUGGGAAAGGCGUAAAUAAAAAGGGUGAUGAAAGCUGUUAGUUGUA